UCCGGCGACGGCAGAUGUUCCGCUGAUGCCGUGUGCCACGGUUCGUGCCGCCGCCUUCGUCGUGCUCUUGGCAGCGCCGUCGUUUCUGCUGACGCGCUGCGGUGUGACACGCUCAGCCCGCUUGGGCCUACGAGUUAUCCGGGAUCUCGUCUGAUUUGCUCGAGGCAAAGGUACGGUGGUCUGUGUUAGAAGAAGGACUUUGUCCCAUGAUGCCGUCGCGAAGGGGCCCCAUGAUCGACGACCAGCUCAUCCUGCCGGCGAGGCCUCCGGCGGCCAAGCGGUGUCCAGUCUGCAAGGCGUUCGGCUCCGAGCGGAUGCAGCACGCCAGCCAGUGUCCGCUGGAGCCCGUGUACUGCGAGAACAAGUGCGGCGCCAAGGUGUCGCGGCGGCUGCUGCAGGAGCACCGCACCAACGACUGCACCAAGCGGCUCGUGCCGUGCCCCUACUGCCGCAAGGAGUUCGUCUUCGACACGCUCAAGAACCACAUUCCCAAGUGCCCGCGGUACCUGGUACAGUGCCACCAGUGCGAGACGACGAAGAUUCCACGCGAAGACCUGGAGCACCACCUCAAGGAGUUCUGCCCCGCCGCGGCUGUGGGUUGCGUUUUUAAGGAUCUGGGCUGCAAGUUCAAGGGCUCGCAGUUCGCGCUCGACCAGCACCUGGACGAGAGCAGCAAGAGCCACCUGGGCCUGCUGUGCGGCAUCGUGUCGCGCCAGCAGCAGCAGAUCUCGGCGCUGCGCACCGCACUGCACGGCCUCGUGGCCAACACCACGGGCACGCUGCUCUGGAAGAUCUCCGACUACUCGCACAAGAUGGCCGAGGCCAAGGCCCAGGAGGGCGGCCUCGAGAUCUGCAGCCCGCCGUUCAGCACCAGCCCGUACGGCUACCGGCUCAUGGCCACGCUGUUCCUCAACGGCAACGGCUCCGGCGAGUCGACGCACCUGUCCGUCUACAUCAAGCUGCUGCCGGGCGAGUACGACUCGCUGCUGCCGUGGCCCUUCGCGCACACGGUGUCGUUCGCGCUGCUGGACCAGCCGUCGACGCCCGAGAAGGCGUGCCACAUCGUCGAGAGCUUCGUGCCGGACCCGACGUGGAAGAACUUCCAGCGGCCCAGCCGCGAGCCGGACGCGCUGGGGUUCGGGUUCCCGCGCUUCGUGUCGCACGAGAUGCUCAAGAAGUGCCACUACGUGCGCGACAACGCCGUCUUCAUCAAGGUCACCGUGGACGAGAGCAAGAUCAUCGCCGUGUGACUGCGGUUGCCCAGACUCUGCGGACGGAGAGCAGCAGACUGUGGACGUGCGCCGACGGUGGCCUUGGAGGUGCUGAACGAUGGCGUUGAAAUGUCAGCGGUGACUCGUGCGACAAUAUCUGCGCUGGAAAGGCUCUUAUUCCCCCCCCCCCCCCCCCCCUUCUUUUUAUGCUAGGUACAGUCGGCUGCAAAUGUUUACGGGACAAGAGUUCCACUACAAUGUCGAUUUCUGCCCUGUUGAGGCACGGCGCUUUCAGUUUAAUGGAUCACCUUGUAGGUGGCAAAAAAAAAAAAAGUGCUACGGACUGAAAAUUUGAAUUGGAGGCUAUGCGCCCAGGCGUAAUGGAAAUCUUUCCGCAAAUCCUGUGUGCCGUAAGCUUUUGUGGACGACUGUACAUAAAGCUGCUGUCUGCCGACAUUGAAGUCCAGUUGCUGCGCUUUUACAAGCUAGCGAGUUGCUGGGGCCACUCUUAGGUGUCAAUUUUACACUAGGCUGACAAGACUGAACCUUUAAGACGGCGGCGCUUAAACUGUCACGGCGAAUCGACGAACCUGAGAGCAGCUAUAUCAAGCUAUACAGAGCUGUAAAAAUGGCUCAUGAGGAGCCAUUUUGUUCUUGCGUGUACUGGAUCAUCGAUGCCUGUUUGCAAUUAAGUUUAUCAUGUGGCCGCUUUCUGAUGACGCAAGCCAGCGUGCGUUGCUUGAGCAUGUUGACACUGUCAGUCCUGUCAUCUCACGCUGCCUAAAGUUGUUAAGAACUACACACCGAAAUAGCAUUAUACACAUUGCUCUGGCAACAUAUUUUUGUGCACACUGCUCAUGCCAAGAUAAGCAAGGUGAUUGGAGGUCCUCAAGAUACAAGCAGCAGUGAUUAACCGUGGUGCAGGCCGCAGAUAAGAGUUGGCAUAGUAUGUCUUCUAACUGCGUAAACUGCAAGCCAUUGCAAUCACAAUGACGCAGCUUAAGAAAACUUUCUUUGGGGAAGCAAUUCCACCACACACAUUGAGUGCAGGACUGCUCCUUGUAUUGUGCCGUUUCUAAUGUAAGCAGGAUGGCAACGUUUGAAAUGACAAAUCAGUGAGCGGUGUGCACUCAAACAAGCCAAGUCAUGCCUUGCAAUCAACAGUGCACAUUUUCACAGUGAUGGUCGCACUCUUAUAGUUGUAGACAGUACAUGUGAAAUGCUGGGACCAAUACACAAGUGACCUAACGAGCACACCAAGUUACUUUGUGCAUGUUUUUAGGGCUGAAGGAAAAAGAAAACUUUAUACACACUCAGGAAUGUGCACGAGUAAAAAAAGAAAGGCAUUGUAGACUAAUGUGAACUGCUGCAGCUUUAUCUGCUACACAAGACAUCUCAGGAAAACCUUUCAAGGGCAAAGUAAUGCCGCCAUCGAGCAUCCUUUUCUAGUGGGCCUUGGGAACUAAGCUUUAGCCUUCGCAUUUCAGCCAUACUAACAUUUUAAAUGAUUCCAGUAUACUUCUAUACUUCCUACUUUUAAGCACAUUGAGUAACACAUAUUUAUCUCUCUUACCAUGACAAAAUAGUGUUGCUGAUAAAGCACUAUCUCACUGUGAAAUUGCAACGGCUAGGCAUUCAAUUUAACAGUGCUCUUGAAAAGUGGUCGUGCCCACAAUUAACAGCACAAGAUGUCCUGGUAUUGUUUGUCUACAAAUUUCUGAAAGAACAAUUAUAAACUAGGUUUAUCAUGUAUUUUUUCCACCUUGCUGUCAUGUAACGACAACUAGUGUUUCUCUUUUUGAAAUAAUGUCCUUCUGUUAACCCCUUCCUCCCGACACUUGCAAGGCCAAAGCUUUUUAACUGCUAUUUUUAUUCCAUAAACUGCCUUAUAUAUCUUGUGUUUUUGGACAUGCUUCAUGUACAAUUCAUUUAUAAUAGCAAACAUAUCUCUUAAUAUAAUGUGUUUUUUUCAUAUUGUAUAUACAAACAAAUGAAUCUAUAUACACGUAUGCCUUAUAAGUAUGCAUUUGUCUACAACGAAGAAGCUUGUAUGAAAACAUUAUUUGUACACUCCUAGUCAUAUGUUGUUCACCAUACUCAUCCUCAUCAUCUGUAGAUUUGUAGUCAUAUUUGAAAGUAUGCACGUGCCUUCAUUGUUCCAGCCUGAAUAAAGACUGAAGAUACUGAAAGUGCAAAA